AAUGGAUUGAUGGACCACGAUGAUUUCAGAGCUUGCUUAAUUUCAAUGGGCUAUGAUUUGGGUGAAGCUGAGUUUGCCCGAAUUAUGUCUCUGGUUGACCCCAAUGGGCAAGGAACCGUCACUUUCCAGUCCUUCAUUGACUUCAUGACCAGAGAAACAGCAGACACGGACACGGCUGAGCAAGUGAUAGCUUCCUUCAGAAUCCUGGCUUCAGAUAAGCCUUAUAUCCUGGCAGAUGAGUUACGUCGAGAGCUGCCUCCUGAGCAGGCUCAGUACUGCAUCAAGAGAAUGCCUCCCUACACUGGCCCAGGUUCUGUCCCCGGGGCUCUGGAUUACACCUCUUUCUCGUCAGCACUGUAUGGAGAGAGUGACCUCUGAUUCUGUAAUUGGCCGUAUUCAUGGUAAACGCCAAAAACACCCACCUUAUUGCCCAGAUUGCUUCUCCAAAGCUUUGAAAAGCUGUAAAAUGAGUUUUACAAAUACAGUAGGUACAGUCAGUGUAAAGUGCUAGUAACUAAAGAAACCAGUGUAUAUUAAGGUGUGCGGCACGCUAGACUUAUGCACUAUUGGUUUUAGGUUGUCUGUCCUAUACAGUGCUAGAAAAUAUAUAUAAAA